CUGACGGCCAGGCUUGCGCCUUCGUUCCCUGAUCUGUUUUGCGUCAAGGAUCGUCUGGAUUUUUCAUUCCAUCGACAUGGUUGCUACUCUCUACAGCGUUCCCGCAAGUACUUCUUGCAUCUUCGUGCGCUCACUAGCAAGGCACAUUGGCUUCGAUCUAACUGUCAAACACCUGGACUUCACUAAGAACGAGCACCUCGCCGAGGAUUACCUGAAGCUUAACCCCUUUCACAAGGUACCCACCCUCGACGAUGGAGGCUUCGUCGUUUACGAGAGCACCGCCAUCGCCUACUACAUGCUGCGCAAGCACGCCCCUGAGUGUGACUUGUACCCCAGAAGCAUUGAACUCCGAACUCGUGUUGACCAAGUUCUCGCCACCGUCGCCACCACCAUUCAGCCCAAGCAUUUCACCUUCCUUCGUGAUACCUUCUGCGAAAACCUCAAGCCGACUGAAGGAAACAUGGCUGCUUACGAGGAAGGCGUUCUAAAAAGGCUGGAGCUCCUCAUUGGUGCAGGACCGUUCUCUCUAGGUGACACACUCACAUUAGGCGAUCUCUUCAUCGUGGCCAAUCUGGCUGUGGCUCUGAAUACUGCAGCGGACCCUGUGAAGUUCCCGACUCUUGUCGACUACUACGAGCGCGUCAAGGUAGCCCUUCCGUACUUCGAAGAAAUUUGCGAGCCUGCCAUCGCUUUCAUCAAGGAGCGUUGGGCUCAACUGAAGUAAUCUUUUCUGUCGUGCAGAUAUGACCUAAUUAAUAAACCAAUCCAACCAUU